UCCAAUCAUAAAUGUGUUGGCUUGUUUUUUUCAGUGUAGUUAAGCCAGCGGUUUGUGUGAGACUGAAAUCAUUCUUCUCUCUCACUGAUUGUGUUUUGUUCCUGUUUGAGAGAAGAAGCAUGGCAGCGAGAAGUGGCAAUGACUUUCAGCUUGUUAUUCCUGAAAGAGGCGAAAGAGUUAAGAUGAAUUCGGGAUCUACUCUCACUGUGUCAUGUCACUUGUCUCCUGCACUCAGUGCUGUUGACAUGGAGAUUACUUGGUUUGGCGAGAUGUCUUGUAUUUGCACCUAUAAGAACAGAGAGAUGACACAGGGUGUUGACUAUGAGGGCAGAGCGAGUCUGUUCAUUAAUGACCUGAAGAAAGGGAAUGUGUCCUUAAGAGUGGCAGACUUCAGAGAGUCAGAUCUGGGAGUUUACAUGUGCCGGGUCACCAGUAGAAAUGAAACACAGCAGAUAACAGUAAAUGUAGCAGAAGAAGUUUCUGCUAUUUUCGAAGACCAGCACUUCUUUACAGCGAAUUACCAAAUGGAAGAAACAAGCAACAUGUUGUCAGAGCAUCAAGGUGAUUCAGACAAUCAGCUUGGGGAUUACAAGAUUAAAGAGGCAAUAUACCAAUUAUCAAUCCACUCUGCAUAUCACAGUGCUUCAGGGAAGGAUCAGCAUAAGGAUUACAAGGGAGAAACGGAUGACAAAUUAUCACAGUACAUCAAAUCAGAUCUAAGCCAUCCAAACAAGCAGUCUGGGGAUAACAGCAAGGGAACCAAAAGCAAAGAUUUUUUGAGCCGAGCUUCAUAUCGCAAUGAACCAAACAAGAGCCAGCAUGGGAUGGAAGUCUUGAACAAGAACUUUCAGCUUUUUGUUCCCAGUACAUCAGAAGAACCAGAGGUUUCUUUGGGGUCUGAUUUGAUCAUUCCGUGUUACCUGUCACCUGAAAUCAGCGCGGUUGACAUGGAGAUCAUCUGGUCUAAUGAUAGAGCCCGUGUUUGCCUGUAUAAGGACAAGCAGGUGACAGAAGGGGGUUUGUUUAAGGACAGAGCGAGUCUGUUCACUCACAAGCUUAGGGAAGGAAAUGUGUCCUUACGACUAAAAAACUUCAAGCCAUCAGAUAUUGGAAAUUACCAUUGUCAGGUCAUCAGUAAAGACAGAAGAGAGAAGAUAACAGUAAGAGUGAGGAUAAAUCCUGGUGUCCAGUCUACGAGUCAGUCACCAAUAUUUGCAGAAGGAAAUGAGGAUAAAAGGACACAAGAACCAACCAACAAAUUAUCAAGGCGCACUUCACAUCACAGUGAUUCAGAUGAGAAACAACAUGGGAAUUACAGCAAAAGUGUCUCUGAUAAUUUUCAGCUUGUUAUUCCUCAAACAGCCCAAGAAGCACAGAUUUCUUUGGGGUCUGAAAUCAUUGUUCCUUGUCACUUGUCUCCUGAAGUCUGUGCCAUUGCCAUGCAGAUCAAAUGGUUUAAGGAGACAGACUGUGUUUGCAUCUACAAGAAUGGAUGCGUGAUUGAGGGGAGGAGCUACAAAGACAGAGCGAGUCUCGCCACUCACGUACUGGAAAGAGGAAAUGUGUCCUUAAAUCUAAGUAACUUCAGUGUCUCAGAUGUUGGCGAUUACUAUUGUCAGGUUAUCAGUAGAGACACAACAAAACAGAUUACAGUAGGAGUGAGGAUAAAACCUGAAGUCCAACCUGUGAGUCAGUCACCAACAUCUCAAGGCCAGUCUAUUCAGCUAAUGCUGUUUGAGAUAGACAAAAUAUGGACUGAAGAGGAGACAAACAAAAUGGAUGAAUCUGCUCUAAUGUCAGAAAUGAAAGUGAACAAUAUGCAGGAGCUUCAACAAAUGUUGAUCGGGGCUUACAGAAAAGGUUCUCUCAAUUGGAGAUGAGCGAGACCAGAAUGGACUUAGUCAGGGUCUUAAGACUCAACCCUCACGCUCAGUUGUUGGACAGAGACAAACCAAACCCUUUUUAAUAGCUACCUAGCAUUUAAAUGUCAGGUUGAUGCUUAAUGCCUUUUCUUAAUUUCAUGAAACUUAUUGCAGUCAAUAUAUAUAUAUUUUUUUCCCCCAGAUUUUUUUAACACCAAAAUUACAUACAUUAAAUAAGGCAUGUCAUCAUGAAGAAGAUAAGUGAAUUUACACUGUACCUAAUGUAUAUUUUUAA